CCAACGUCUCGGCGGCUGCUGGGUACCCCCAAACACUUAAGCGUGAACUGGCUGCAGCCAGCUUUUCCCAUCUGGACCCCACUACUAACCGACUUUCGUGAAUGAAGCAGGAGCAAGAAGCGACACCGCCUGCGGACGCAACUUCUUUUUCUCCUUCUCUCUCCUCUCCUUCGUUUUCCAGAGUCACGACCCCUCCCUGCGAUGAAACGCCACAGAAAGGCGGACCCUCGUCUUCUUCCGACUCGUCUGCGCCCUGUCCGAAUCCGCCCUCGCCAAGGAGAGCCGAUAACGCAAGAGUGACUCCCCCAAGAGAUCAGGAGGAGGGAGCUUUGCGGGAGACUGCGCAUGCGGUAAGGCGGGCGCCUGAGAACGAGGAGAGAGGGAAGAAGGCCGGUACGAACGGAGCGAUUGUCUCUUCCAACCGAAGAGCUUCCCCAAAGAGAUACGGCCGAACGGCCGAGGAGCUGCGGGAGCAAUACAAUAAUAACGAAUAUCACUCCUUUCCGACCUACGGGAACUCAAAAUACGGUGUUCCCGUCCCAGAUCCGAUGAAGAAAUACAACACUAAAACCAGAUCCAUCGUUAACGGCGGUAUUACCGGCGGGGUCAACACUUUGGACAGAGGCAAAGAUGCGCGCCACAAGAGGCUGCCCUCGGUGCAACAAGUAGAACCCUCGAGGUUUGCCAAACGCCAAAAGAUACAGGCCAAAGACGAUGCGCCCAGAGACCCUGCGGUGCUCAUCCCAAAACGCAUCUCUCCAAAGUCAGGUGCCCCGCCAAAAACCGUGCCAACGGUGGACUUGACGGACUCUCAGCAGUCGCCGGAUUUCGAAGUCGUUAGCAACCGCUCGAACCACGAACUGACGUCAAGUGCGGAAGUCCCCGAAUAUAGGAGCGUGGAGCGGGCACAUAGCGCAACUGCUAGCAACAAACGUCACCGUUCUCGUCCCCGUGUUCGCCCCUUGAAGUACACUCUAUCAACUACGGCCAAAGAAAGCCUCACGGAUGACGAAGAUGACCUGACAAAAGAAGAAGAUGGUCCCCCGAGGAAGAAGCAUGCUCCUGAUCAACCUAAGGGUAAUUCAAAGACAGCAUUCCAUCUACCCCCCGGCGUAGGUACGGCAAAAGGUCAGCCAGAAGACAUUUCGGACGAUGAGCUUGGUAGCCAGGACAGAAGAUCAUCAAGGGAACGGCGUGCCUCCUCGACAGAAGGCAUCUCGAACGCAGAUGCACGAAAGUCAAGGAAAGCCUCUGUCGCCCGUUCGCGUGGAGAUAUGACCAAGGUGAACUUCUCAAGGUCGCAGAACGCCCAUCAGCCAAGAUUAACUAUCGCUCGCGCUGUCUCUGGGGGGGAGACGUUAGAUGUCAAGGAUUUGCCCGCGGAAGAUCGCCCGGUACUGACAGUAGGCCUUGACCAAAGAAGCCUGAUCGCGGUUGAUUCCACCAACAAGCAUCGUCCAGACUAUAGAUGGCUGGAGGUAAAGCUGAUGUAUUGCACCAAAAUGCUUUACAGUACAAGCAACACUGCAUUUGCGGUAAUUCAUAGAUCCGCAGGUGAUGGCGUUGGUCCCCUUUUGGUAUUGGAAUUUGCCCAACCCGGAGACGCUCUGUCUUUGGGGCUUUGGGUGGAGACCAAGCUGAAAGACUUCUCUACAUUUACAAUGAGCUGUACUACAGCCGAUAGCGAGCAACUUGAGAAGACCUUCAACAACCAAAUGCACAAUGCCAGUGUUUGGAGCGAGAGGCGCGCGUCAAAGCCAGAUGACAUCAAGUAUCUUGAGCAUCAAGAGAAGACCAAACCAAAGCCCGCUGUGACCUCGACGCCAGGGAGUCAGUUGAGACCAGCUUCCGCGCAGCAGAGUACUCCAACCCAAACCGGUCGUCAGCUCCUGCGACGCAGCAUGCAGGUGGACGGCUCAGAGUCUGCGAAGACCCACACGCCCACGACAAGCUCUUUCUUUGUUCUCAAUGAUGUAGAGGAUCGCCAGAUCGAUGCUCAGCGAACUAAGACACUGUCUUCUAGACGGGUGAAGGAUGGGGCUUCUCGGUUGAUGUUGAACUCGUCGCCCAGCGUGUACGGCCGCAAAUCCCCCAGUCCUAUCUCUUGGAUCACCCAAAAUCCCGACUGGGUGAACAUUUGGGAUGACAAGCCCCUUAUUUUUCCUGCCAUCGGCAAAAAUAGAGCUUCAGUCUAUCGUGAUGACAUCUCGCGUCUCGAGGAGGGCGAGUACCUGAACGACAACCUGAUCGGUUUCUACUUACGUUAUCUUCAGGCCAAUCUAGAACAAGAGAACAAGGCUCUGGCUGACCGGAUUCACAUCAUGAACACCUACUUUUACCCCAAGCUGACUGAUGUGAAAGCGGGCCGGGGCAUCAACUACGAAGGUGUCAAAUCAUGGACAGCAAAGAUUGACCUGUUCUCAUUCGACUAUAUCAUCGUUCCGGUCAAUGAGAGUGCCCACUGGUACCUGGCAAUCGUAUGCAACCCAGCCAAGCUGCUGCAGAGAACCGAUGAACAACCAAAUGCUGAAAAAGUGGACUCCGCAGAGGGCCCUGAGGACAAGACGAACGGAGAACUCAAGGAGCAUCCAGCUGAAGAGACUUUGGUAUCUACUGUCGGCGAACGAGUCGAACAAAUGAGUUUAGAUGAGGACAAACCAGAAGAAGAGCAGCCAAAAAAGGAACCGCAGAAGGUUGAGGAGAAAAGUCUCAAAGUUUCGUCCAACAAGCAGCGGCUGCCUCGGAAAGUCACAGGAACCUUGGCUCGAAAGCAGGAUCCUACUGAAGCUAGAGUCAUUACACUCGACUCAUUAGGCGUCGGGCAUUCCCCUACCUGCGGGAAUCUCAAGUCGUACCUCGUUCGAGAAGCGAAAGACAAAAAGAACUUGGAAGUCGAGCCGCCCGCCACCUUUGGCAUGACAGCAAAGGGUAUUCCUGAGCAAGAAGAUCACGCAAGUUGUGGCGCUUUUCUCCUUGGCUAUAUGCGAGAGUUCCUUAAGGAUCCAGAUGGCGUGGUGGCCAGAUUGAUCCGCAAGGAGACUCCGGGUUGGGAUAUUACAUCUCUUGCAAUGCGAAGCGAGCUCCGUAACAUUAUCAUCGAAAAGCGAAAGGAACAGAACGCACUGGCGGCAGAGAAGAAGGCCAAGCGAAAGUCGAAUAUUCAGUCACCUGCCACCGGCAAGUCGCUAGAGAAAUGUCAAGAAGCAGAGCCUGCUGCGCCAAGGACUCCCCAACCAGCGCUUGACGCGCCAAAGAACCCGUCAUCUACCGUCAAGGGAUCCCCGGCAAUUACUCAUCUAUCAUUGCAUAGUCGCGGCAGUCCGCCUGCAAAGGAUGCAGUUGGUGCCGCGGCUGCACAUCCCCCAGCGGCCGAGCCUCCCACACAAAUAGUGCCCUCUGCAGAUGACGAGUCUCCCAAAGGCGUGGAGCCUUCUCUGCAGACUGAAGCUCCCCAAUCGUCAUCUACCGUUGCUGCGACGAGUGCGGAGAGUGGUUUGCUGGAACCCCUCAAAGAAAGCUCAGAAGGACCACGAACGCCAGUUCGCGAGCAGCCACACACAGCUGACAGCUCAACGCCAGCUCCCCUUCGGACCAGUCCUCGUCAUACCAAAAGGAAGCCUGCCAACGAUGGUGAUAUGUCUAGGAUGUUGCAUCCGUUAGUUUCUUCGCCAGCCAGUCCCGCCAGCGAGAGGCCGGCUUCCAGAAGUACCAAGGGGAAACUCAGUAACAUCGAGAUUCUUCUGAGCCAACAACUGCCUUCCUCGCCGUCAAAGUCUACCCGUCACAACGAGUUAGUCACUCAUCGAUCCAAGAAGAAAAGCAUCUCUCCAAGUCAGCAGCUGCUUGGUGAGAUGCAGUCUUCAUCCGUAUCGACGCAGCAAAGCAAAUCAGCAUUGGGAAAUGGCGGCAAGGUGGCCAGGAGGCCGGAGAGCAUCGUCAUCGAGGACGAAGCACCCCCAAAGUCAUCACCGCGCACAAUGAUGGACGGCCCUACUGUGACGAGCCGCUACUUCCCAGCGAAAGACCUAUCUCGCAUUCAUUCGUCACCGUCGUCAGAACCAGAUACAAAGAAGAGGCAUUCUAUUAGGCAUGUUGGAGAGGCGAUACCAAGCAUUGAGAAACCCGAGACCGUGGAUCUCACCACACAGUGAAAAAGACUUGCGUCACAAUACCCUGAUAUUAAGGUUGACAGUAAAUGGUUGGGAUAGGAGUGGAAGUACGAAAGCCAAGGGAGGCUGAGUCUAUGGAAGAGAUCAACUGGAUCUGCUAUCAAGCGGCGCGAAGCGUUGUUCAGGUAGCAUUACCAAUAGAUUUAGAGCACAGCUUCUUAAAGGUAAUGAAGAAAUGAAU